GCCCUUCUUUCGCACGGAUGCAGGCGCCUUUCUUGACAAGCCAGUUUGCUGCUCUGUGCUCACCGCUGCGGCUCCUAAUGCGGGGGCUGCGAAGGGACCUGCAGUCAAGGAAGUCGUCUCUGUGCUGAAGGCCCGGGUGGUGCGAGUUCUACGCAUCGCCAAAGCCAAUGAUCUUCGGACACUGAUUCUCGGUGCCUGGGGAUGUGGUGUCUUCAAAAACGACCCGCAGGAGGUCGCCAGAGCAUUCCACUCUGCUCUGGACCUGCCAGAGCUGCGCGGAGCGUUUGAUCACGUCUUGUUCCCCAUCCCGGAUCCGAAGAUGAAGGUGCAGUUCGAGCGAGUGCUGCGACCUUCUGCUGGUGCUCCGGCGACAGCUGCGGCUCCAAAGGCUGCGGCCCAGGCUGUGGCCAAGGUAGCGGCAACGAACAAGGACGAGAUUUUCCAGGUCGCCUCCGAGCAGGAGGAGCUUGACAACCGUGAGCCUUCGCGGACACGGGAACAUUGUGACGAGGGGCCACUGCGGACGGCCUCUGGCGAAGAUCUGCAGGAUGUGAUCCUGCCGCACCACGCCGAGGAGGAGAUCGCACACCCAACGAAGGUCUGUGUGGAGCUCGUUUCUUUCGGCUACAGCAGGGGAGCCGGACAGCCACCCGCAGAUCAGCACUUCGAUGCUCGAGGCUUGGAAAAUCCAGACCGCGGUCCCAGGCGGCAUCUCACAGGCACGGGUGCAGGUUCCCAGGAAUCUUUGUCGCACUGUGGCCCGAUCGAGCCACCACCGUUGCGCGUGUCACCUACGGGCCUACGGUUAACUGGUUGA